CAUCUUGCCCAAAAAACACCCCAAAUCUCUCUCAUUCAUUCAAAAACCCUAAACAAGAACUUCCCUUUUCAUCUCACCAUAAAAACUUCACUUCACUUCAAUUCAAGUCAAGAAAACCUCCAAUUCAAUUCAAUACAAACAAACUUCUAUACAUAUACUGAUAUAAAUACAUAUAUACUGAUAUAUAUACUUACAUAAAAACCUUCACUUGAUUACACCCAUAUAUCUCUAUACAUAAUAUUCUCACUUCCUUUGAUCACCAUUUGACAAAACUUUUUGUGGGUAUGACGAAUUCGGGUCGGAUUCGGGUCAAGAAAGACAAAGUUUAUAGCCCAGCAGCAGUGAAAAAGCAAAAUAAUAAAAGUAAUUAUAAUAAUAAUCAAGUAGUACAAGGGACUAAAAAAUAUCAAGAAAAAAAGAAACAAGUUAAUGUGAUGAGUAAUUUGGAUCACUUUAUGAAACAUACUACUCCACUUGUUACUGCCCAGCAUUUCCCUAAGACUAGCAUGAAGGGACGGAGGAAUCAUGCAAAUGACUACCACCCUUACUUUGUACUUGGUGAUCUUUGGGAAUCCUUUAAGGAGUGGAGUGCAUAUGGAGUCGGAGUUCCUUUAGUAAUGAAUGAACGAGACUCCGUUGUUCAGUACUAUGCACCAUCAUUAUCUGCCAUUCAACUAUAUGUUGAUCCAAAUGCACCUACCACAAGCUUUAGACGGCAUGGUGAUGAUAGUGACUAUGAGUCAUCAAGAGCAACUAGCAGUGAUAGCAGCUAUGAGGCAGGUGCAGGCAUUGUUCGUGGACCUCAACUCUCAAAAACUGUAAAUUCUGUUAACCAGAGCUUUAAUAAGCUCGCGCUUAGAGAUGAUUCUUGUGAGGGCGAGAUUAGAAACCCUCCAGGCCUUCUAGCAUUUGAGUAUUUUGAACGUGCAUCACCAUUUCAACGGGAACCCCUGGCAAGCAAGAUAGCUGAGCUUGAAUAUAAGUUUCCAGAACUGAGAACGUACAGAAGCUGUGAUUUGACUCAAUCAAGUUGGGUUUCUGUGGCUUGGUAUCCAAUAUACCGAAUACCCGUGGGUCCAUCUCUCCAAAACGUUGAUACAAGCUUCUUGACUUUCCAUUCUUUGUCAACACCAUUAAGAAGUACAAGUAAAGAUCAGAAUUCGGGGCAUGGCUCAACAGCUAGGAAGGUUCAUGAAGCCAGAUUGACAAGUCAGCUCUCUCUGCCAAUAUUUGGGCUCGCUGUCUAUAAGUUCAAGAAUUCUGACUGGAUGAAAGAGGGAGUUCUUAGCACUCAAAAAAUAAACUCACUUCUAAAAUCAACUGAUAAUUGGCUCCGGAAUUUGGGUGUACAUCACCCAGAUUACGCAUUCUUCAAAAGCCGCUAGCUUCCCCAACGGUGGUUCCUUUAAUCUGCUUUGAAACUUUUUGACUAAAGAAAAGGUGAAAUGAAACAGGCAAAUGGAUGGUAAUAUUUCUUGAAAUAUUGAUAUAAAUAGUUUUUUCUUUUGUUAAUGAUUCAUUAAUACGAUGAAUCUUUUGUACAUUGGGAAGCCUGGUUUCAUAGUUCUAUAGUUUUGUACAAACAUAGUAUGUGUAACUAAUGUUCUAUUUUCUGAAAUAGAAACUAACUUUCAGCGUAA